UCACGCCAAUCUUUAUCAAAGUCCAACAAACUGUUCGUUUUCCUAACAGCGACCCAUCUUCUCAAAAUCAACCCCGGUGGGAUCAGGCAACAGUAACGACGACAUCCCAAAAUCAUUGUUGAUAUUAUUUCCCUACCAAAUUUCCACUCAUUCUCACCAAUUUGCCGAUUUUUCUUGUAAAAAGCCAAUCAUUUCCACGCACCCUUCCUUCUUCACCCCUUUGCUCUUCUCUGAAGUGAGAGCAGAUAUUGUUUUGGUUACUUUUGAGUUUUGAGUGAUGGGUUCUUGUUAUUCAGUCCAGAGAAAAAGUGACUCAGACAUGAGGCUGAAACUUGCGUUUUGGUCCAAAACUGACAAGCUUGUGAUUCCUCCAUCACCGAUUAAGGAGCAACCCAAAAAUGGAUACUUCAAUUGGUCAUCGACUCGGUCAACGACCAACUUCACGGACUACGGUAGCAAAGAGGAAGCAUUUUUUGAUUCCAAACCCUGGUUGGACUCAGAUUGUGAAGACGAUUUCUAUAGUGUCAAUGGUGACUUUACACCGUCUCGUGGUAACACCCCAGUUCACCACAAUUUUGGGACCCCUGGUGUUAAUAAAACCCCCCCUUCUAAGAAUAGAACUCCUGGUUCUUCUACCUCUGAAUCAUCAUCACCAGAAAAGAAAAAGAAACUCUUAGAGCUUUUUCGAGAAAGUGUCAGAGAUGACCAACAUGUUGUUGGCAAUGGAAACAAACAAGUUACAACAACAACUAUACAAGAUGUGCUGCCUAAAUCUGCAGAUUCUGAAGCUAACUCUGCUUGUGGAAGUGAUAGAACCAUGAGUGAGGAUCGUGUAAAAUCUUCUCCAUGGUGCAUUCCAAGCUUGUCUUCAUGCCGUAGCUUUAGUGAGAGGAGGAAGACAAGUCCUGCAGUAGCAGUAAAUGGAAAACAUUGACUUGUGUUGCAAUCUGAUGAAACCAAGUUUCUCUGGUAGAGAUGUGCUAGCAAUAAUAACUUUAACACUCGAUUUUGAACAUUCUCUUAUUGAUGGGUAGGACUUCGUGUGAGACGCCACCUGAAUUUCAACCAAUCAAUAUCAGAGUGUUCAAAAUAGAGUCAAAGUUAGUGUUGUUAGCAAUUUUUAUCUCGGGUAUUCUGGAAGGUUGGAAGAUAAAGUGGUUGAACUGAAUUUGAUGAAUGUACAUCAUAUCCUUGUAAAGAAACAUGAAGCAAUAUUUAUUCGGAAGCUUGUAAACAUAAAAGGUUGAGAAUUGAGAUGCUGCAUGUCAAUAUAUAAUGAGAUUUCUUCUGCCAGUAA